GCAUUCGUCUGACAGGUCAUAGGAGUAACGGAAGAAUAAAAAAUUGAGGAGAGAAAGAAACAGAGCCAAACAGAAACACAAAAAGCCUGAUCUUUUUGUGAUGCCAGUUGCCAUGGCUGUCGCCGUGGCUGCUUCUUCUCCAUUUCUGGGCCACACCCUCAGGAAAACUUUAUGUAGAAGGUGUGCCCCAAAUUCAGAUGUUGGGUUUAGCAUAAAAGCCAUAUUUUGGGGACCAAGGAAGUCUGUUGAGCCCACCAAACAAGAGCUAUCCCUUGGAGACUUCAGUUUGCCAGAAUUAAGGGGAGAUAGAAGUAAUGUUGACAAGGACAGAAAGCUAUCAGUUCGAGUGGUUUCAUCCAUCUCAGAGAUUUUACCACAUGAGUGGGAUGCUUGCAGUGUUGAUGCUGCAGGCCCAGAAAAAUUUAAUCCAUUUCUUACCCAUGGUUUUCUUUCGAGCCUAGAGGAGACAGGCUGUGCAGUGAAGGAAACAGGAUGGGUUCCCCAGCAUAUUGUUGCACAGGAUGACUCUGAUAAUGUACUUGGGGUCAUUCCUCUGUAUCUUAAAAGCCAUUCUUACGGUGAGUAUGUCUUCGACCAUUCAUGGGCAGAUGCCUAUUACAGUUAUGGAUCAAGAUAUUAUCCGAAGCUGCAAUGUUGUGUGCCUUUCACUCCUGUUACUGGCCCAAGGAUCUUAGUUCGUAACACAAGUUACAGGGAUCAGGUUUUUGAUAUUUUAGUCUCUGCAUUGGUGGCGCUGACAAUUAAGUUUCAGGUUUCAUCACUACACAUAACUUUUCCCUCUGCAGAUGAGGUGGGGAAGUUAAAGGAGAAGGGUUUUCUGCAGAGAGUCGGAAUGCAGUAUCACUGGAAAAAUCAUAAUUAUAAAAGUUUUGAUGACUUUUUGAUGGACAUGAAGCAAAGUAAAAGGAAAACUAUUCGUCAAGAGCGGAAGAAGAUUUCUGUCCAGAAUUUGACCAUGAAACGCCUACGAGGAGAUGAGAUUAAGGCUAAACACUGGGAUACAUUCUAUAAGUUUUACAGGAACACCACAGACAAUAAGUGGGGAAGUGCAUAUCUAACAAGAGAUUUCUUCCACAAUAUGGCUUCAAAGCUGGGUGACGGGGUGUUACUUGUUACUGCAGAAGAAGGGGACGAACUCGUUGCUGGAGCUCUUAAUCUUAUUGGAGGAGACACAUUAUAUGGACGCCUAUGGGGAUGCCUUCCUCGAGCAUACUACCCAAAUCUACAUUUUGAAGCCUGCUAUUAUCAGGCCAUAGAAGCAGCGAUUGAACUUAAUCUUGACAAGGUAGAGGCGGGAGCCCAAGGUGAGCACAAGAUUCAGAGAGGUUAUAUGCCAGUCACGACCUACAGCUGUCACUAUAUCUUGGAUGAGGGCUUCAGGAAAUCGAUUUCGGAUUUCUUGAUACGAGAACAAGCUCAGGUAAUUUCUUGUAGAACCGAACAUUUUCAAUUCUCCAUUUGUUUGUGUUUGUUUGCAACAAACGCAUAGGGCGAUCUGCUUAUACUCAUUCUGUUGAGUUCUUUAUAGCUUGAAUAUGUUAUGAAAGUGUUGCAUGAAUCUGGGCCGUUUAAGAAUACCGUCGCUUGAGGUGGUGAAUGAAGAAACACCGUUUAAGGGAAGAAAUGGUGUCGUUUCUGACCCCUCGAUCAUAAGCAGUAUCAGUCGUGAUUGUGUUACCUUAUCUUAGAGGAUGGAAUGGCUGAAAUUAAGAAGGUUCUCUAUUUAUACUGUGUCGCAGAGGCAGGUCGACAGGGACGAGCCGUGUCGUGCGUUGUACACAUGUUGGCUUGCACAAAUUUGUAAAUAAUUCUACUUCCAUUACACCAAAAACGCGCAUACAUAACUAAUUUUACCCGUUAUCUAUGUGGAAAAACUUGCGUUAA